AUGGAACCUUCGACACAUGAGCGAGGACGUUUUUAUAUCGGCCCUAAUGGGUUCCCAAGAUUUGCUGGAUCAGCCUCGGGGGUUUAUCUAGCUGAUACAGUACGAUCAGAUCUGACCUCCAAAGAUCACCCAACGCCUGAUCCAGGUAUCGAAGAUGCCUUCAUACAUCGCAAUAACGAUGAACCACGUUCAGACGAAACGGCAUUAUACGAUAUAUAUCUUCUUCGAUCAAAAGAUAUGUUAGAAGAGGAUUUGCUUCGUACACGACUCAAUCGAUAUUUCGCUAUAUGGCAUCCCCUUUUCCCGUUCUUGGACGGAGCAUACCUACUACAAUGCUUCAAUAAUUCUUUGAAAUUAGCUGAGAUACAAAAGAUGGUGCAAUCAAAUGACCCCGAUAAGCGUGACAACGGACUCACAUUUGAUCAGAUAUCGGCUUUUGAGGGCCUUACUCCGGAACAAUCAUUAGCUUUGACAACCAUCUUUCUGGUCAUAUUUACGAUAGGUGGAUUAGGCAUUGAUGAGACAGGAAGCAACGUAGACAGUGCAUCGAAAAUACCUACAAUACAUUCAACUUCUCAAGCUACAAUGCUAGGUCACUUAGUGGUCGGGGCAUGUCAAAAUUCCAGAAUCCCCGAUCUAUUCGGUAUACAGGCCCUUCUGGCCAUUGAACUACUAUUCUAUGUGAGAAGGACGUAUCGGCCUGCUAUGCAUCUGUCCGGUGUUAUUACCAAGCUGGCAUACGAAGCUGGUCUACAUCGUUGUCCCGAGAGAUACGCUACUACUUUCAAGGAAGCUACUGAUAGAGACCUGAGAAAAAGGGUAUUUAAUUCCCUUUACGUUCUCGAUAGACUUCUCUCGGCGGACUUCGGUAUUCCUCUCAUGUUGAACGAUUCAGACAUAGAUACCUGUAUUCCAGGAGGUCCAGAAAAACAUACUUUAUCGGAAGUUGAUCUACCAAAUCCCAAGCCUCCUGCACCUCCUCUCUCCGAGUCAGCGACUUCUCCUCCAAAUCCAUCAAUCAUCCCGCCGGAUGAUCAUCACUAUAGAGGUACAAAGCGAAAAUUCCCAGGCGAAAAUGCAGAUGAAGUUAUCUCACCAGACAACACUUCUCGCAUCUCCACCCAAUCGAACCCGCUUCCUUCAACAGCCCUCUCUCAGCCCAUUCUCGAAGCUGCCGCUGUACAAGCAAAAACCCGCCUGCUUCCUGCAUACUCAAUCAGUAUCAUGGCUCGGAUGAUAGGUCAAGCAAUGGAACAAUUUAACAAGUCAGUCUCCCAUAGGAUCAUCGACGGCAACGAGGUUCUGCAUUUGCGGAGUAGUCUUGAUGCGUGGUGGAAUGACAUUGGACUGGACUGCGAGGCAGAUACUGAAACACCUAACACCCCUCUUGAUCCUCGUCGUCAAAUGUCUACCCUAUUUACCUGCAUGUAUCAUUCUCAAAUUGUCAAUCUGAACCGACCAGCUCUUUCAUUACCCCCUUUACAAAUCCAACAUGAUCAUGCUCUACAGGCUGCUAUAGGAUCCGUUCGAAUCAUAUGUUCGACCCUAUCGAACUCUUUCUUUAAGAACAACGAUAAUUUAUAUUGGCCUGGGUACGUGGACAUGGUGUUUCUGGGGAGCUUGAUUUUAGUCUAUGGAGCCAGGAGAGAACGGGCUCGUAAUGGUCCAGCCACAUGGCUCAUACGGGAUCUCCGUCGAGCGUUGAGCAUUCUAGAGCAUUUCGCCAAACGAUGGCCGAAGUCGGACAAGUUUAGUAGAGUUGUACGAGCCUUGAUUGAGCGAGAAGAUCCUGCACACGCGGGGAACCACACCACUUCGGCAGGCAUAAUAUCUAGCGUAGAUGAAAAUCAGGUGAUUCCAAUUACGGAAGAACCGACUUUCGACUUUGCGGAUUGUUUUCACUUCAACUUUGAUACAUUUGCCCUAGAACCGGAAUCUAUAUGGGCGUAUCAUGUCUCAAUGCCUCCGUCUCCUGUGCUGUAG